GUGCAUUUUUUACUCCACACGAUUUUAGAUCUACUGUUCGCACUGCAUAGAAUUGUACACAAUGGAAAUGUAGCACCUUCCCUUUGCCCUCUCUCUAAGAGCUAGCAUCUGUAUACAAUUCUUGAAUUGAAGAGGACAUUGGGAAUUCCCCGUCUCUGCUUUUUCAGCUGCCGUUUUCGUUAAAUCCACAAAUGGGUGCAAAUGCAUCUGCUAUGCCGGGGGAACCCAAUGGGCUGAUGAGGCCCAAGCUGGAGGAUAUACCGGAAUCCUGUAUGGCUCUGGUUCUCUCCUACUUGGACCCGCCGGAGAUUGCCAAGCUGGCGAGGAUAAACCGGGCUUUCCGGGCAGCCGCCUCCGCGGAUUUUAUCUGGGUUCCCAAAUUUCCCUCCAACUACAACUUUAUUCUCAGCAAACUGCCUGAUCAAGGCUUGAUUACCAUGGAUAAAAAGGAUAUUUAUGCCAGGCUCUGCAGACCCAACUCUUUUGACGGUGGCACAAAGGAAUUAUGGAUUGAUAAGACAACAGGAGGGACAUAUUUGUCGAUUUCUUCAAAGGCCAUGGCGAUUACGGGUAUAGAUGAUCGGAGAUAUUGGAAUCACAUUCGAACUUAUGAAUCUAGAUUCCAAACAAUUGCAUAUCUUCAACAGAUCUGGUGGGUUGAAGUAAAUGGGGACCUUGAGUUCCAGUUUCCAGCAGGGACAUAUAGUUUGUUCUUUAGACUCCAGCUGGGAAGGGUUGGCAAAAGAUUGGGUCGUCGGGUCUGUAAUUUGGACAACGUACAUGGGUGGGACGUAAAACCUGUACAGUUUCAGCUGUCGACGCUGGAUGGGCAGCAUGCUGUAUCCCAGUGCACGUUGGACAAUUUUGGAAACUGGGUACACUACCACGUGGGAGAUUUUGUUGUUGAGGAUCCAAAUGCUUUGACAAAGAUCAAAUACUCUUUGACUCAGAUUGAUUGUACUCACACCAAAGGUGGUUUAUGUGUAGAUUCGGUUUUGAUAUGCCCCAAAAGCUUAGGUAAAGAGUUGUUUUUUGUAGACGAACCCUAUAAAAAAUAGUAAUACACUGUCAAAGAAUAGAUUACUUCUUGAGGAGCUUGGGAUGUGGAGGCAAUCUGUAUUUUUGUUUGAAUGAGUUGUUUGAUAGUUUCUAGUCUUGGGAUUUGGUGGUACCUAGUGAUUCUUGUACAUAAUUUAAUUUCAACCAUUUUGUUCGGAAUAUAGAUAUUGCUUCGGUUGUCUGAUA